AUGCCGGCUGGCCCUCACCGGCGCCGCGAGAAGAGAGACGUCUCAUUCCUGGGUCCUCCUCCCUGUCCGUCGUCUUCUGCGUCGUCUUCGUCUUGCGGUUUGCCCUCCCUUGUCGUCUUUUCGUCUUUCUUCGAGCAAGGAAAAACAUCUCGGUCACAUGACCUGGCUACUAAAACUACUUCCAAGGCCAUCUCCAUCUCUGAACUGUAUACAUCUCGAAGAACCGACGGCGAUGGAGACGACAGGACGACAAGAGAAGCCAAAGAAAAGCAAGGAGACGGCAUAGACAUCACAAAGGGAACACAGGGGGAACCAGGAGAAGCGGCCCUCGCUGCGGGAUAA